AUGGGCAUCAGGGAGGAACUGCAGAGCCGUCGGUUCUGGUGCUGCUUGUUGGCCGAAGGCGCUGGCACCCUGAUCUUUGUUUGGGUUGUGCUGGGAGCCUCCUCCCCUGCUGGCCCUAAAGAGGUGCCUCCUCCCCCACUCCAGCCGGCCCUUGCGGCAGGACUGGUUGCUGUCAGCUUGGCUCACUGCUUCGGCGAGAUCAGCGGCGCCCAGGUCAACCCAGCACUCACCAUGGCCUUCCUGUGCACUCGCAAGCUGGAUGCUCUGCAUGCUGCUGGCUAUAUUCUGGCCCAGUGCCUGGGCGCCAUCUUGGCAUCAGGGGUCUUCUACCUUGUGUUGCCCACCUCAGCCAUUGGACAACUGGUCACAAAGGUCGGCAUUGAGGGGAAUGCUGGACAGGCCUUGGGGAUGGAGGCCUUCUCCACCUUCCAGCUGGCUCUCACCAUCUUUGCUGUGGAAGAUCAUCAGAAGCGUGAGCUGGGUGAGCCUGGGAUCUCAGCCACCGGCUUCUCUGUGAUCGCAGGAGCGCUCGCUGCGGGCACAUUCUCUGGAGGCAGUAUGAACCCUGCCCGAUCACUGGGACCAGCAGUGGUAACAGGAAUCUGGGAGCAUCACUGGGUGUACUGGCUUGGCCCCAUCCUAGGUGCAGUCCUUGCUGGCGUAUCCUAUGAAUUCUUCUUUGCUCACAGUGCUUCACGGGAGAAGCUAGUUGCCUGCCUGACCUGCCGCGACAUUGAGAUUGUGGAAGCAGCCAGCAUGUCUCGCUCUUCGCUCUCUGCUGCUGUCCAUGCCAAGCCAGCUUGCAAGGGGGAACACGGCACUGAAUAG